CUGUACACCCAGCCGGCCGCUGAGUCCAGGUAACGUUACGGUACCGCCUCUGCUGUCGGUCCAGCGAACUUGGACAACAUGCCGCUUUCAAACAGGCUCGUCACACCGCUGCAACUUUCUCUUCGCGAGUCUGGACUGAAAUGAUUAUCUGGAGCGUUUCACCGACACAAACACAAACGCCACAUGGUCGACGCUCAACCCUGAAACCUGAGAUGUGGACGGGACUCACCUGAGCGGACUAAAGGUUUAGAAGAAACCUUAACUUACAAACAAGCUUCUUUUUUUGUGUGGAUUUGAUUAAAAUGGGUGUGCUGUGGACGAACUACGUUUUCUUCAUGGCGUGUUGCUCUGGAUUAGGGUUUGGAAGCCCAAACAGAUGCGACGAAGUGCGGAAAGUUUUCCAACUCAGACAAAUUGGACCAAAUCAAUUAUUGCCGUUAAGCCCCAGACCAGGUUUAGACCUUCAGGUGUGCAUGUCCAAGAACCUGACCUGCUGCACCAAAAAGAUGGAGGAGAAGUACCAGGUGGCGGCCCGGAGAGACAUCCAGAACCUCGUCCAGACGUCCAGCUCCAGCCUCAAGUUCCUCAUCUCGCGCAACGUUGCUGCUUUUCAAGGUAAGACCUUUGAGGUCCUGAUGAGGCAGGCAGAGAAUCACACAAAUGCCGUCUUCCAGGAGUCUUACCGCAACAUGGCUGAUCAGGCCGUGGGCCCUGUGCGGGAACUCUUUACAGAUAUUAGUCUCUUCCUGCUGGGGUCUGAGCUCAACAUUGAUGACUUAGUGCAGCGAUUCUUUGACGCUCUCUUCCCGCUGGUCUACAAUCACCUCAUGAACCCAGGCCUCAGCGACCUGUCACCAGGCUAUGCUGAGUGUGUAAGGUCGUCCAGCCGGGAUGUAAGACCGUUUGGUGGGGCGCCCAGCCUCCUGGCUGAUCAGAUUGCUCGCUCUGGGGUCUCCGGGAAGCUUCUCCUUCAGGCACUGCACCUCGGCAUUGAGGUCAUCAAUACCACAGACCACUUACAGCUGAGCCGCGAGUGCAGACGGGCCCUGCUUAAGAUGCACUACUGUCCUCACUGCCAGGGCUUAACCCAGUCCAAACCCUGCAUGGGUUACUGCCUCAACGUGAUGCGAGGCUGCUUGGCAAGCAUGGCGGAGAUCGACACCCACUGGAGGGAGUUUGUUCGCUCGCUGGAGGGCCUGUCAGCACGGAUGCACGGACCUCAGGAUUUGGAGCAAGUGCUUCUGGGAGUUCACACGUUGCUUCAUGAUGCUGUCGGACAUGCUCAGAAAAAUGGCCCCCGCCUCUCAGCACAGGUGCACAAACUGUGUGGCCCACCAAGCAGGAAGCCUGCGCAGUCAGUCCGCAUCCAGCACAGCAGCAACAGCAGAAACAGCAGAGAAUCCAACCCUCAUAAUACUCUUGUCAGAGUGUCGGGGGACUCGCUCGCUGUCAGGAGGAGGGAUUUUCUGAACAGUCUACGUCUCUACCGUACGCUCUACGGCGGCCUGGCGGAUCAGCUGUGUGUGAGUGAGCUGGCCUCUGGUGACGGGCUGUCCUGCUGGAAUGGAACCUACAUCGUAAAAAGCUACACUCUCCGUGUGGUCGGCAACGGGAUCAAGGCUCAGAGUGCCAACCCUGAAGUGAAAGUGAAGGGAGCAGACCCUGUAAUAAAUCAGAUCAUUGACAAACUGAAACACAUCAAUCAGCUGUUGCAGGGAAAGUCCAUUCCUAAACUGGGGUCACUGGACCAGAUUGAAACAGGAAGUGGAGACGCAGAGGGACGUUACAGUGGCGACUGUGAUGAUGAAGACGGCUGUGGUGGUUCAGGUGGUGGAGAGGUGAAGAGGAAAGUCUCCAGAGUCUCCAAAUUUGGUCCAGAUGUGACCGGUGAUCACAAACAUCAUCAUCAUCAUCAUCAUUAUCCACCUGCCGAGGAUUCAGAGAUGGAUGGCAGAUCCAGGAGCCUUGGACUGACAGGGGCCAUCUGGGUGUUGAUAUUGCCAUGUUUACAUAUGCUCAUGGCCUUGUAACAGCUGCCUUUUUGCAGCAUGAAACUUUCAAGACUUGUUUUCAAGCUUAUUUAUCCAGAAACGAAAGGUCCAGUGGAUGUAACAAGCUUUAUGUAAUGGAGGACCACUUCCACACAGUGCAUGACACGGUACCCUGUGAACCCUAAUGAUCGUGUGGAAAUGACAAGACACUGCGGCUUAUGUAAGACGGCAUAUGGUUCAGAUUUGCAUAUAGUAAUUCUUUUUUACCUGGCAUAACACUAAUAAUGACUUAUUUAUAACAGCGGAUGUCAAGAAUAACUACAACUUAUGUUGUAAAGGUUUGGUAUUAAUUUAAUUGUAUUGCUACACAUAAUAUAUAUGAUCUGUAAAUAUAAGCAUUAAUUUGCAUCUGCAUAUCACAUUAUAAUGCACAGUACAGGUUGCACUUCUUUUAAGUGGGGUUUAAAAACUGCUGUAAAAUGAGUCAAUUAAUCUAUAUGGAUACUUUUGAAGUUGGAUUUGAAAUUGAAAAAAAUCUGUCUCCCCAGCUCUUACAGUUAGCUCUUACAGUUGCAAUAUUUAUAAGAGCUAAAUUAAAAUGGCUUGUUAUUGUUAAAUAAUUGUAUGAAUCCCUUCUGAGUAUCAACCUGUGUCUUUACAGACAUUUUUUUUUCAUACAAAAGUGCUUCAGGUUGUAGAAAUCUUACAAGAAGCUCUCAGAUAUGGUCCGUAUGUUCUUAAGUAUUUUGCUAAUAAGAACAAAAAAUGAUUCAAGACAUCUGCUAUUCACUUGUAAUAGCUGCCAUUCUAUUCAAAGUCCAUUUAAUUGGCUUAUUUCAAUUGCAAAAUUGACCUGUUAUGCUAUUGCCGAGGGAAAUUGUGAAAGGAGAGGGGUGGGCAGGUGGAAGUUGUGGGCAAGUGAGAGAGUUCAUACUCCUUUCUUCUUUAGGAAUAGAUUAGUUUCUUCAGGAGUCUAUUAUCAUCUUUCAAACUCAAUCCUCCUCCUCCGGACGGGAGCUGAUAGCUCCUGGAGUCACUGGUGAGGAAGAAUCCAAUUGCUCCUACCUACUACCUAACUGCGUACUGCUGGUGUGUUACUGGCAGGUUUCUGUGCAGAGAAAAAGAAAAUGCAUGCAUGUCUGGUCAAUGGCUGAGAGAGAAUAAGUACUCAACGGUAUCGAGAAUUGGUUCUUUGGCUCACAUAUGCUGGGAAACUACUUGGAAAGCUUAAGCAAUAAUCCUAUUGAGAUGCUGCAGAAGCUAAAAUGAUACUCUUUAAAACCAAAUUUCACAAUUCAUAUACAGCAUAUACUGUAUGCAUAAAUACAUACAAACCACAGACAUAAACAGGAAAAACUUUAAAGAGCUGCUACUGUAAAUAGACAACAAUGUAAAAAAUAACUUAAACAUUUAAAUGGGCCUCAAAACUGCCAAAAGUACAUUCUCCUCAGGUACUCUGAUCAUAUAUGAUAGGAUUUGAUCAUAGACUGUGACCUUUCUCACGCUGCGGUUGGCCUAAAGCAUAAUUGUUGUCAUUCAUCAUUUUCACCUUUAAUAUACCAGGUGAGGCUUUUAUCAUGAUAUAAAGUCAAGGCUGUUUGAGCAUCUGAACCACUUGAGUAGCUUGGAGCUUUUUCAAACUACAGUCUCAAGGUUUAUGAAUAAUAACUUUGAGCUUAAUUAUACUCCAUUUAUUACUGAAUUGUAGUUGGUACUUUGUAUUUGAAUUAAUGUCUUGUAUAUGAGGCUUUUGUUUUGGGGGUGAUUCCCUGACGACAAUAGUCACUGCUUAACAACCUUAACACAGUUGUUAAACUCCCUCCACCCCUGCUCCCCCAAAACAAUUAUAUCACAAGUUGGCACCAUCAAAGUCAGUGCUACUGCCAUUGGAACAGCUCUGUUAAUGACACUAUUAAAGAAUAGUGUUCAGUCUCUAACUAGAUAACAGGAGCAGGCACAGAGACAAAGGUGCCUUGAGGCUAACUAUAAGAUGUCAGAUUAUAGUGCCUCUCGUUUGCUUAAAGGAAAGAGUUCAAUUUCAUGUCUUAUGUGAUUAUUAUAGCUCCAUACUGAGAUAGUUAUCCAGAGAAAGGAGGAAAGGCGCCAGAUGCUGAUGAUGAAAAUGCCAAUGUUGUAAUGAUGUGCACCCACAUCCAGACAGGUGUCGUCCUGCGGGCAUUGCAAUGUGUCAGAACCUCUCGAAAAACAUGUUUACUCUCUUAUUCUGUGUUCAGAGAGUGAAUGCAUUAUUUGAAAAAGAAAUUCCUCUAAUACAUGCAGCUCUAUUUUGACCCAGACUGUAUUUUUUCCUGCAGUAUUUUUUUAUAACAAUAGUCCUUUAAGGAAAUCAAUUUUUAAUUCCAACUUGGGUUUCAUUUUCAUAGCUUUGGUUGUAGGUUUAAUGUGUUAUAACAUUGUACUCACCAAAGCGAAAGAUGAGAUCUUGGAGCACAACAGUAUUGCUGAAAAUAGGUCAGACAUUGCAACAAACGAUCAGACAGGUUGUAAACAAACCCCUGGCUAGGAAAACUUAUUUGGAGAAAAGAAAUGAAGGCAAACAGUAAAAUGAUUAUCCAGACUGUCCAUUGUAGUCAUCAAUCACAGUAUAACGGACUUCCUGGUUUACCUUUAACCUACCCUGCUUGCCAUGUGCACAUUAACUGUUUUCCUUUGCAAUGAUUAAUAGCGACAUUAGCAGCUUUCAGUUUUACCUGUUAAUGAAACUUCUGAUUUUCUGUCUGCUUGUGGCCCAGUUGGAUCCAUUUUUAACAUUUGCAGAUCUCAGUAAUUGUUUAGAUAGUAUGUGAAUCUUUUACUAUAAGUUUAGCAACUAUUAGUUUGUACUUGAAUGUUUGUUUAAUGUAGUCAUAUAAUAUCUGUAUGAAAUAACUUAACUUGAAGCCUGUUUUCCAGCAAAAUCCUGAGGCUUUGGUUGUCAUCCAUCCUAACUGUUUUACUGCUCUGGGGGAUCCCCAAGUUUUCCCAGGCCUGCUGACCGAUAUAAUCCAAGGUUUCAUGUUUUCUUGUGGCUUUAAAAGGAUUUUCUUCUCCAGUAUAAAUCCCUGAUUUUCCUUGGAAACUGUGAGUUGUCACUAUAA